CGACCCGGAGCCGAUCCAGAGCCAGGGCGCGGCAGCCCGCUCGUUGUGGGCCCUGACAUGAUGUUUCCUCAAAGCCGGCACUCGGGUUCUUCACACCUGCCCCAGCAGUUGAAGUUCACCACUUCGGAUUCCUGCGACCGCAUUAAAGAUGAGUUCCAGUUGCUGCAGGCACAGUACCACAGCCUCAAAUUGGAAUGUGAUAAGCUGGCAAGUGAGAAAUCAGAAAUGCAGCGUCAUUACGUGAUGUAUUAUGAGAUGUCCUACGGGUUGAAUAUCGAAAUGCACAAACAGGCUGAAAUCGUCAAGCGGUUAAAUGGGAUUUGUGCUCAGGUGUUGCCGUACCUUUCCCAAGAGCACCAGCAGCAGGUCCUUGGAGCCAUCGAGAGAGCCAAGCAAGUGACUGCCCCAGAGCUGAACUCCAUCAUCCGGCAGCAGCUCCAAGCGCACCAGCUGUCCCAGCUCCAAGCACUCGCCCUGCCGCUGACUCCGCUGCCCAUGGGGCUGCAGCCGCCCUCCCUCCCGGCCGUCAGCGCCAGCACGGGGCUGCUCUCCCUCUCGGCCCUGGGCUCCCAAGCUCACCUCUCCAAGGAGGACAAGAACGGUCAUGACGGAGACGCCCACCAAGACGACGACGGGGAGAAGUCGGAUUAGACGGGUUCCGGGGUAGCGGGGUGGGGAGGAGCUCACAGUGGGGGCAGAAGCGGAGGGCAACAUUCACUCCUCCAGCACGGGGCUGCUCCCAGUGGGGGGGGGUGGCGGAGCACGCCCGGACUCUCCCAGGCUCAGGGCUGGCGCCGUUGCCCCCCCAGCCUCUGCCGCACAUGCUGUGGCCUCCCCCGUCUCCAGUUCUGGCCACGUGGGAAAUGGCCACUGCCCCCCAAGCAUGGCUUGGUUGCCCCAGGGUCUUCUGUCUGUGUGUGUGUGUGUGUGUGUGUGUGUGUGUGUGAGGGGGGGUGCAGGACUAAGACGGGGAUGUAGCCCCGCAUUUUAAAUCCAGUUUCUGAAGCUCCAUGCUCAGCUCGGCGGAGCUAAAGCCCCAUCUCCCCUUGCAGUGGGAUUCCUUGUGAAGGGUGGCCGGGUGGUGGCUACCUGUGCCCCCAAGCUGCAGGGGUGCCACCUUAAAGGGGGGGGGCGCGCUUUGGGAUACGCCUGUGCAACUUCAGCAUCACGCACCAGCUGCCAGGUUGGGAGAGCAGCGCAUUUCUCGGUGCUCAGCCCGUGUGGCCGAAUUCUGUCAUGCCCGUUGGAGCUCUGACCCCCAUAUGGGUGGCCCCCUGAGGACGCAUCGGGGCCUGCCGCUGGAUUUGGUGGCAGGCAGCGGAGACCGGCAAAAACAGCCGUGGGCAGUCCACAGGGGGUCCUCCCCGGGUCCUGGCAUCAGCCGGCAGAGGGUAGGUUAGGAUUCCCCGGCUGGUUGCUGCGAGCCACACAACAGACGGGCAAGCUUUGGAGGCUCCUAGAAGAACAUUUCUGCAUUUUCGAAAUUGGUCUGCUCGCAUCUCCAGCCUGGUAAAUUCUGGCCGACAGGAGUGCGCCACGGCAGGCCUUUUCAGACAGAGGGCCUUGAGUGGCCCAUGCAAGCCGAAACCAGCCGCCAGUAGCCAACAUCACCCAGGGAAAUACUCCUGCUGGGAAAACCCUUUUCCCACCAGGGAGCAAGGAAUUCUGCCUUGAGUGGCAGUCACUGCUAGUGAAGAGGUCCCGGUUUUGUGUCCAUGCACAUCUCAGGGCUGCUCAGACGUGGAUUGGCGAUGCGUCCCAGCCCGUGGGGCGUGGUUGGCACUCCGCUCGUCCUCAGGUGCCGGUUUGCAUCCGGCUGCACCCCCACGGUGCUCGUUCGCAACUGGUUUCCGAGUCCUGUUUCAUAGACGUGUUUAACAAAAAAGACCUGCACCCGAAGUGACCCCCAUGAGCAGAGUGACCCCAUGAUGUCUGCCCUGUCCACUGGCCAGGAGACAGUUUGCCUAGGAGGUAGAGCCCUGUUCCCAGUUGGCCAUUGGAUCCCUUCUGUGUGUAACUUUUAACCCAUCAAUUAUCUCCUCCUCCAGGUUAUUCAGACGGGGCAAGAAGAUUCCCCCUGGGUCUUGCAGGAGUUCCUGCUGGCUUCAGCUCUUAGUGUGCGGGCAUAGGACGUUGCGCAUGGGGCCACAGUCUCUCCUCCCCUGGCCCCGUGUACCCCUUCUGUGGUUUCCCAAGCUCUAUCCCCGUCUGAGAAGGGGAACAUUUGUGCAAAAGGAGCUUCAGGCUACAAUACGCUGGUUGGUUUUGAAUUUGGGGCCCUGUAGCUUUGGCUCCGCCCACAGUUGGGACGGGUGGCCCCCGAGGGUCUCUCCGGAACAGAAUGCGGCCUUCAGCUGAGAGAGGUUCCACACCCCCACUCUGUUCCUCCGCCACGGAUAAAAUAACCCCCAAGGAGAAGACAUGUGGGAAUCCCCACCCUGUUCAGCCACAGUGGGACAGUGUUGCAGGUGGGGUUUCUCCCCCCCCCCGCACCAACAGUCACAACCCCCAACUCCCUCUCACCCCAUGAGCCCGAGCCAGCCGGUGCUGCAUUCCCACCCGCGCUCCGAUCGCGCGGCUUGCUCUGACCACCUGGGUGUGCUUCCUGUGCGCAAACAUUGGAUGUUUUGGGGGUGGGGAUCCAUCACAGAGCCUGCUACCCCCCCCCCCCAAUUCUCCACCAUGCUCCUUUCGUGUCCCGGCUUGGACCACCAGACACCCCCUCCUGGUGGUGAAUUCCUCCCACGCCACUGCUCUCUGUUGCUUUCUUCCGCGUAAUGUUUCUGCAGUAUCUUCUGCUGAGGUUCAAGAAGCUGUCGUGACUUCCCAUCCCUCCCCCAGCCCCCCAGCACUGUUUUAGAGGAUGUGCACCUUUUGUCCUUAUGCAUGUAACUUGUUUUUAAAGUAGCACAGAAGCAAAAUUUUUAUAUAUAUAAAUAUAUAAAUAUAUAAGUCCUGUAUCCCCAUAUAUCUCCGAAUUCACCACUCCGUCUGCAUCUCUUCCCCAGUUUCCUGGUGAAUUUGUUCUCUAACAUUCAGUGGCUGGCUCCUUUUUCAAUAUGACUUUUUAGGAGGUCUCUGUGGGGAGGGGAAUGGAGGAGAAUGAAGGGGGGCAAAAAUUAAAACAUUCUCACCCCCCUCCCCCCAGCAUUGUUGCUUUGAACUCCCUGUUGAUGUUGGGUUUCUUUGUUCGUUUUCAAGGAAAAGAUACUGCAACUUUUAUCUUAUCUUUCUGAACACUAGUUUGACCUUUUUUUCAUUUAACAAAAGAAAUUUCACAACAAAAAGAAAUUUUUCGUGUUUGUAUAUAUUCCUUUAGAGAAAGAGAGAGAGAAAAAAAUCUUGUUUGCUUCAUGGUCUUUAUUAAUCACUUGACCUAUAUUAAGAGGAACUGAGAAAAAUUAAUUCUGUAUUGAAGAUGUCUUAACCUGUGCCUUUUCAAAUAAAGACAUCAGAUGGUUGGUUAAACAGUGA